ACGAAUAAGGUUUAUUAUGGGGGAAGGCUCUCCGAUCCGUCCUCGUUUCUUGAUGCCGGCGGGAGGCCACCGAUUCUGGCGCGAGCGACGAAAGAAGAGGUGAUGGUUAUCCUCCACGGUCGGUCGAUUGACGAUAUCGUCUCUGCGUUCGCCUAUAAGCCCCAACCCCACCAUAAGUUCCCCUUCGGCAACGAUGACGAAUCCUCUCCUCCUCCCUCCUCUCCUUCGCCACCGUCAAAAGCCUCUUCCCUGGUGAGAGUAGGAAGGGGAGAUGGACAGAAUACGACCCGCGGCGGUGGGGAUUUCGAACCUGUGGAGGAGGGCCCAAACACUCCUCCUUUGCCGCAACCUCCGCUUCUCAAGAACAAGAGGAGGAAGAAGACGCUGGCUUCGUUGACCUCAACCUCAACCUCAUCAUCAUCCGCCUCCCCCCCUUCUUCUUCGUCUUCUUUACCCUCCUCCUUUAUUCGUACCACCGUCGGCGGCAAACCCUUGGUCGUCUCCCGCUUCUUCCCCCUCCCACCACAGGCCUCCUCGCCCGUGGUCAUCGGUGUCAAAGACCCCAAGAGUCAGAAAUCAAGGUCCACCGGCAAAUGCAUUCCAUCUCGAAGCGCCGACAAGGAAAAGAGGACCAAGAAGAAGAAGAAGAUAAAUUGUAUUGAUGAGAAUCUUGAUGAUGAAGAAAAAGAGGAACGGAGUAGGCAACAGCUGGAGAAGAGCGGGAGGAUGGGAAAGCAGGCGAUCGCCCAAUUGUCUGCCGCAGAGAAGAAAUCUGACGCUUAUAGAAGAGUCCCAGCCAAUAGUGCCUGGGAGCCUCCAGCGUCGUGCCACCAUCUUCUUCAGGAGCGGCAUUCCUUCGACCCAUGGAGGGUCUUGAUCAUAUGCAUGCUCCUCAAUGUCACCUCUGGUAGACAGGUUGAAAAAGUUUUGCCAGGCCUAUUCCUUCUAUGUCCAGACGCAGAGGCGACAACAAAGGUCCCCGAGGAGGAGAUAGAAAAGGUGAUACAGACUCUGGGCCUGCAAAAGAAGAGGGCAAGGAUGAUCAAACACUUCUCGUGUGAGUAUCUACGAAAUGAUUGGACUCAUGUGACUCAGCUCCAUGGCAUUGGCAAGUAUGCAGCUGAUGCGUAUGCAAUAUUUUGUGUUGGGAAGCCAGAGCAGGUCGUACCACGAGACCAUAAAUUACUUGACUACUGGAGUUUCGUAUGCAGUAAGAGUGAAACCGAGUAAUGUCGUGUCGUACAUUUGAGAGGUGGUUGCUUAUUUUGGUCAUGCAUUGUGGUAAGUAGUUAUUUGAGUUCAGUGCUGAAGGUGGUCAGUGAUGGAAAAACUGAUACAAGUGUUGUUUGCAUGAUUGCUGCUUGGACUUUCUGUGGCCUGUGCAAGAGUGCAGGGCAUCAGUGCUCUAUCAGACAAACCAGAACUGCUGCUUGAACCUUUUCUUUUCUUUGUGGAAGUGAGAGGUGCGUGUGUUGUAAAUUAUAUAGAAAUGGGUCUGGUGGUUCCUCCGGUCACCUUUUUUGUAC